AUACUGAGGUGUGUGUGUGUUCAGUUUCAGAGAUGGCCGACAGAAAGAGCAGCAGCAGCGGAGGCGUCAGCUCUCGUCUGACCGUCAGGAGGAAAGAGAAAGCAGAAAAUGAGGCCAAGAAAGAGGAGAAACCCCCUAAAGAUGGAGAGGAAGCCGAGGUGAACGGGACAAGCGCGCCGGCGGAGAACAGAGAGGCCGCCACCGGAAACGGAGCCACGGCAAACGGAGAGAACGCAGAGAAACCGGAGCCCAUGGAGCUGCCGCCGUUUGAGAUCAUCACCGGGGAUCGCAUGGACCCGUUUUUCUACAAGUUCCAGUUCAAGAACGUGGAGUAUUCUUCCGGCCGGAACAAAACGUUCUUGUGUUACCUGGUGGACCAGGGGCCCGGAGCCAGUGGGCUCCUCAGGGGCUUCAUCGAGGAUGAGCACGCAAGCGGCCACGCCGAGGAGGCCUUCUUCCAGCAGGUCCUGCCCAACUAUGACCCCGCCCUCAAAUACACCAUCACCUGGUACAUGUCGUCCAGCCCGUGCUCCGCCUGCGCCGCGAAGCUGGCCGAGAUCCUGAAGGCCAGGAAGAGCCUCCAUCUGUCCAUCUACUCCGCGCGGCUCUUCGAGUGGGAGGAGCCUGAGAUCCAGGCGGGGCUAAAGGCGCUGGCGGCCGCCGGCUGCAAACUGCGCAUGAUGAAGCCGCUGGAUUUCACCUACACCUGGAACACGUUCGUGGAGAACGACGAGCAGACGUUCACGCUUUGGGAGGACUGCCAGGAGAACUACGAGUACUACCAAGACAAACUGGCCGACAUCCUGCAGUGAUGUAAGAGACGGUCUUUAACGAACACUUACACGAACAUAUACAGCACAUAGAAAUGAUAUUAAAGUUCACUAACGCUGAAACUAUUUUUUUUUUAAAUUCUGUUACUUAAAGGAAAAGUUCACCCAAAAUUAAAAUUCUGUCAUUAAUUACUCACUUUUGAAUUAAUGACAGAGUUUUCAUUUUUGGGUGAACUUUCCCAUUAAAGGGGUCCUAUGACGUUGCUAAGAAUACCAUAAUUUUGUGUAUUAGUUGAAAUGCGAUACAAAGUUCUGGCAUUAAACUCUAGAUGGUGCGACUCACUAUGACAUAAUGACAUGAUUAUCACAUGGCACAGCUGAUUGGUUCUCUCCUGAUUUGAAUCUCAACAUUCAAAUACUUGGCUAGUGCAUGCUGUAGCAGUAGCAGUGCAGGUCAGAAGCCCUCCACCUUCCCCAGCUCCACCUGUAUAGAUCUGCUACAAGGUGAUUAUGUAUGCUAUUGGGGUUAUUCAUAUAUGUUAUGUGUUUAACAAUACUACAGCGAGAAUAAAAGUUAUGCCUUCUGUC